AUGAGACCGAGGGCCCGGAGAGCCCUAGUACAACUCUUCAUCUUCGCCUUCUUCCUGAAUAUAAUCCUAAUCCUGAACUGGCCCCAAUCAAAGGCUAAAUCCUUCCCAUGGGCUAAAAUCCGAUAUCAAACCCGCGCCACCACCUUCCCGUCUCAGCGCGGCAUAUGUCCAAAUCUCUCAACCUCGAAAAAACCCGCACUGGUCGUCUCUCGGGUGGAAUCAGAUGGCACUGCAUUCUGGUUAGACAAACUUGCUGAUAAAUACACAUUAUGUAUCUACGAUGUCGAUAUUGCGGGACAAGAAACAUCCGCGCAUGGAAGUUCCGACUCAUCCUCUGGAUAUCUUCAAGUCCCUGCAAACCGAGGCCAUGAAGCAAUGGCCUACUUGACAUUUCUGAUUGACAACUAUGAGAACUUCCCUUCCGCCGGCGCAGUAUUCAUUCACGGCUCACGCUGGGCCUGGCAUAAUGAUGCGCCGGAUUACGACAAUGCGGCGCUACUGCGUGAUUUGGAUAUUCCCGCCGCUUUGGCGCCUUCGGGCUACCACAAUUUGCGCUGCGACUGGAGCGCAGGUACUUGUUCAUCUACAGUUCCGGCCCAGGGUAGUCUAGAGAUGAGACUACAGUCAGCCGUGACGCCGUGGAGCGCGCGUGCGGCAUCGGAUAUGGCGCUGCCCGGAGCACUAGCAUCGCUUUUCGGAGGCAUGGAUGGAUGGAAGCUGGCUAAGCUGGGGAGGAAUGAUGCAGUGAGGGCCCAGUGCUGUGCGCAGUUUGUUGUUUCCCGUCAACGAGUUUGGCAACACACCAAGGCGGAGUAUGUCGCCUUGCGCCAGUGGCUAUUAGAUGGAAGUGCGAGGACAACCUCGAGGAGAAAUCAGAAUGGGGCGGUUGCGCCUGCGGAUGACAAAGUUGCUGGUCGAAUCUUGUCUUAUCUCUGGCAUAUUCUGUUUGCGGAACCUGGGGCUGAUGGGCUUAUUGGACUAGAGUCUUUGAAUAAGGCUUCGUGCCCGAGUGCACAAGAGUGCUAUUGUCGAUUGUACGGGCGAUGCAAGCUUCAAUGUACUAAUCCAGGAAGUUGUCGGGGGCAAUAUUCGGUGCCGCAGUACUAUAAACUGCCGGAUGACUGGGCUGAAACGCAUUCAUGA